AGCGAAGGAAGCGGCAGCCCUAAGUGAUCCCGGAAGGGGCCUCUUCGUCCCGGGGCGCCACUACCAGCGGCAUGAACAGGCCGCCGCCGCAACAAAACCCCCCUCCUCCUCCUGAAGUUCUGAGUAGGAAGACUCUGUUGAGAUGGCAGAGGUGGUGCUCCAGCAUAGUCAGGAUAAAAAUGGCUUCAAAAACCAGACUAUCCGUGUGGGAACCAGGAAGAGCCAGCUGGCCCGGAUCCAAACGGACAGUGUGGUGCAGAUGCUGAAGGAGCGCAAUCCACACCUCUGCUUUGAGAUUGUUGCCUUGUCAACCACAGGAGACAAGAUCCUGGACACGGCUCUGUCCAAGAUUGGUGAGAAAAGCCUCUUUACCAAGGAGCUGGAAAAUGCACUGGAAAGGAAUGAGGUUGACUUGGUGGUUCACUCCCUGAAGGACCUGCCUACAUCCCUCCCGCCUGGCUUCACCAUUGGUGCCAUUUGCAAGAGAGAAAAUCCAAACGAUGCUGUCGUCUUUCACCCCAAGCACGCUGGCAAGACCCUCCACACUCUCCCCGAGAAGAGUGUGAUCGGGACGAGCUCUCUUCGCCGGACGGCUCAGCUGAAGAGAAAGUUCCCACAGCUGCAAUUCAGGGAUAUUAGGGGCAACCUGAACACCCGCUUGAAGAAGCUGGACGAGGAGGAGGACUUCAGCGCCAUUGUCCUGGCUGCUGCUGGCCUGAGGCGGAUGGGCUGGGACAGCCGCAUUGGCCAGGUUCUCAGUCCCACAGACUGCUUAUACGCGGUUGGGCAGGGUGCCUUAGCAGUGGAGGUGAGAGCCAGAGACCAGGAGAUCCUCAAUAUGGUGUCGGUCCUGCAUGAUGGGGAGACGGUGCUCUGCUGCAUUGCAGAGAGAGCCUUCAUGAAGCACUUGGAAGGCGGCUGCAGUGUCCCCAUAGCAGUGAACACUGUCCUGAAGGACUUCCAGUUAUAUUUGACUGGAGCAGUUUACAGCCUCGAUGGGUCUGAGAGCCUGCAAGAGACCAUGCAAGCAAGUGUGAACUGUUUCCCACAGGAGAAUGAAGAUGGUCCCAGCGAUGAUAUCCAGCAUGUUGGCAUCACAGCGAAGAAUGUUCUUCCGUCUGCCCAAGUGGCUGCAGAGAAACUGGGCAUUGAGCUAGCUGAGCUCCUCCUCAGCAAAGGGGCAGAGCACAUCCUCAGUGUGGCCCGACAACUUAACAAUGCCUGACUGGUGUCAGUCUUGGGCCUCUGCUGUGUACAGCAGGGCUCCUACCUUUGUCUGUCAUGGAAGCAACAAAGUCACUUGCAUUCCAACCACUUUCCGCUCCUUGAAGAAAUCUUAAUUUAUUACAGUAGCUACUUCUGUUCAUUUGAGCUACUACAGACCGGCCUGUGCUCUAGCUUCCUGGUGGAAAGUUCGUGCUGGCAACACAGGGAUCAUCCCCUGUAAGGUGUGCAGCUUGAAUUUUGAAAAGGGAACCAUUUCAAAGAAGCUGGUGGCCUCGCUACUGCUAUAAGAAGUAACCAGGUACUGUUGCAUAGAAAUAUCUGUUCCAUAGUGUCUUUAAUUACUGCCAAAUGGAUUAAAGAGGUUACAUUAAAUGCC